AUGGGUGACCGGGGCGCUUACUCGGCCAUCUUGGAGCGGUCCCUCACGCGACCCCGAACCGAUAUCAAUCUACACGCGUUUGCCCUGUUGUUUGCGGAAAUCGUGCGCUACCUUUAUCGUCGCUUUGGCACAAGCACCGAGGAAUUUGAACGACGCCUGAGCGCGCUGGGUCGGCAGGUGGGAGAUCGUUUCGGGGAGCUGUUCGUGAUUCGCGACCGGAACAACAAGCGCGAGCUCAAGCCCAUCAACCAGUUGAUCCAAAUUCAGACCAACCUGUGGAAGCCCUGUUCGGUUGUGGCCCAUGGCGCGGAGAACGGCGACAUUUUUGUUAUUACGCUGGAUGCCUCGCGCAUUGCCCCAGAGGCACUCGAUGCCAAAUAAAGCGUUGCUCUUGAUCUUUUCAUCUUGUAGUCUGCUGAGGAUGAAGCGGCCUGGCUCUCCCUCCAUUGCGUCGUGCUGUCCAGUGUCCCGUGCACGAGUGGUUGCUGGGUCGUGACUUGCCGCGCAAGUCCAAUUCAUGCCUAAAGUCG